AAGCUGCAAUUGUCGCCGGUCGGCUCGCCAAGAUGAGAAAGCCGUACCGUUUCUACAGUUUAAGUCGUCCUAAACUGCGACAGUCAUGGAACAAGUACAACCUGUAUAACCUGUACCGCCAGACCGGCCGCGAGCCCCAGAUCCGAGGCACGCCCACCUUCUUCCAGCAGAAAUGGGCCGCCAAGGCCAAGACGCGGUCGUACCACGGCGAGCACAUCCCCGAGAAGAAAUGGGUGCGCCUCUUCUCCCGCCGGCUGCUGUCCGCCGUCGACAUGCCGCCCGAGUACCUGGCCGCGCACGACGGCUCCGAGCAGGCCGCCGGCCGCGGUUCGGGCCUGACGACGUCGACGGUCACGGCCGAGACCUUUUCCAAAGUCCCCCGACUCAGCACCCAGGAGCGCUCAAGGAGGAGGACGCCCGUCUUUGGCGACGUGAACAAGCUGCUGUCGGAUCAGUUCAACAACAUGACGCCUUAUAUGCAGAUGACGUUUGCGCCGCUGGAGAGGAGGCUGGAUACCGCCGUGUUCCGGGCUCUGUUUGCCAGCAGCGUCCGGCAAGCACGUCAAUUCGUUAUCCACGGCGCCGUCACGGUCAAUGGAAAGAAGAUGGUUCACCCUUCUUACCAAUUGAACCCCGGCGACAUGUUCCAGGUGGACGUUGAAAAGGUCAUGUACGGCACGGGAGUGCAGAAACCGGCACAGGCCCACCAGCGACUCCGUGAGAACCUCGAGGCCAGGCAAAAGAAGGCCGAGCAAGCAUACCAAAACGCACUCAAGAAGGCAGCCGGCAGCGCCGAGCAAAGCGCUGAGAGCGCUGCUGAGGGAGAGAAGCCCGAAGCUGAUGCUGAGGCUGCCGAGGGCGAGGCCGCUGCGGGCGAAGACGCCGGAUCAUUGACUCCCGAGGCUCAGUGGCAGCUGAAGAACAAGGCUCUAAAGGCCCUGCUGAAGGACGUCAAGAAGCUCCUGAAGAACAACCCCAAGGACCUCACUGCCAAGGAGAAGAAGCAGCUCCGCCUGUUCCGAGCAGAUGCCAAGCGCUUCCUCUCGCAUCCCGAGAAGAGCGAGGCAGACCCCGCGGAGCUGAUUGACGAGCUGCAGCUGCAGAUGAAGAGCCACGAACUGCUGCGAGAGAGCUUUGAGAAGCUCGACCUGAAGGACAGUCAGGAGCAAGACCAGGCCGCGGCCGCAGCCGAGGCUGAGGCUGAGGGUACGCAAGCCGCCGCAAAGGAGAGCGAGGAGGAGGCGCAGCCUGAAGUCAACAGAGAGCGACAGAUCGAAAAGGGCCUCGAGGGCCUGUCAGAGGAGCAAAAGACAAAGGCCAAGCGGAUCAUGGGCGACGCCUCGCUGUCCAGGGAGGAGAUGCGGAAGCUGGCGCAGAUGCUCCGCUACGACGAGGAGAACCCCAUUGACGACUCGAAGCCGUACGCUACCCCGUGGAGGCCCCGGCCGUACAUGUCGGCGUUUGCCUUUAUCCCCCGGUAUCUCGAGGUCAACCCCAACAUUUGCGCCGCCGUCUACUUGCGGCACCCGGUUGCGCGAAAGGGCAUGGCGGAGGUACCGACGCCGUUUAGCUACUUGACGAGUCAACUUACGCACAACUGGUAUCUUGAGCGAGGUUAAG